AGAGAAAGUGGCAUGACAUGUAUCUGAAGAUUGAAAAAUGUCCAGUGCAGUUGAGGGGACAAAUGUCUUUGUUUGGAGGGACACAGACAUGUAGUUGUGGAUUCCAUACAACAAAGCCUUCCAGGUCAGUGUCCUCUUCAAUGACACCAGGUCCCUCAUCUGCAUCACUUGUUGCAUCAUUGGCUGCAACACCAGGGCAGACAGCAACAUCUGGACGACUCACACCCCACAAGCCAACUUUGACUAUGGCAUCACCCAUCAGUUGCACUUCUGAUUCUUCUGCCAUGUCCAGCACUGUCAUAAGUGCCAUGACAAGGAGGACACCAUCGCCUGCCUGCAGUCCCAGAAUGUACAUUCAGACUGUCUCGACUCUGUCUCUUCCUCCCUCUCCUGUGUCCACAACCACCUCCUCGAUACCAUCGGUAGCUGCUAGAGCUGUGAGAAACUCUUAA